UCAACACACACCACUAACACCCGCCCAGUCAUCAUUAUUGGAGACACUCCCAGCAAAAUUCCAUUGGCCUUUCAGACAAUAAAAAUUAAGCAACCAGCCCAGACCCAGAUGGGGAGAGUAGCAGAAGACGGUGGUGGCACUGGUGUCGUAGCCAAUAACAGGGGCGUCCCGGCUGCUUGGGGAUUGGUGGCUAAGCCUUGUGACUGUUGCAGUUCCGCCGCGGCUUUGCUCUUCUGCCGGACGGAUUCACUUUUUAUGUGCAUGACUUGUGACUCUAAGAUGCAUGCCACCAACAAAAUUGGGUCGAGGCACGGGCGGGUGUGGAUGUGUGAGGUGUGUGAGCAAGCGCCCGCCAGCGUCACGUGCAAGGCAGACGCGGCCGCGCUGUGCGUCACUUGUGACCGUGAUAUUCACUCCGCCAACCCUUUAGCCCGCCGCCACGAGCGGUCCCCGGUGGUCCCUUUUUAUGACACCGCCGAGUCCGUGGUGAAGUCCACGGCCGCUACUUUAUUGGUUCCGCUCCCACCACCAGCCGUUUACAAUUCCUCCAACACCGGCGCCAAUAACAUGGUCAACGAUACAUGUCACGGCCACGAUGCGAAAAUGACCACGUGCUUUGCACAUGAAAGUUAUAUGUCUGAUCCGUGGAUUUCAUCAAAUCCAAUGAAUUCCAAACUUCCAACUGAUGCUCCAGAAAUCAAAUCAGUGGAGUUUCUUUUCUCUGACUCGGAUAACUACCUGGAUUUUGAUUACCGAAUUUCAUCGGGAGCUCGAAUUCAACAGCAUUAUACUAGUUCCGGAACUGAUGGGGUUGUCCCAGUCCAGACAACCAAACCUCCAUUUCUCCCUGCUCAACUGCCGGGCCAUCAUCAGCCGUCCGAAAAACACUUCGAAAUUGACUUCACUAAAUCGCACAUCAGUUCAUAUACUCCCAGCUACACUUCCCACUCUUUGAGCCAGAGUGUUUCAUCCUCGUCUUUGGAUGUCGGAGUGGUGCCGGACGGAAGUUCUGUGUCCGAAAUCUCGUACCCAUUUGGGCGAAAUUUGAGCGGCAGCACUGCUGAUUUGAGUGGUUCAUCAUCCGGGGGAAAUAAUCAAGGAUCCCAGUUGCCCGGAAUGGACAGAGAAGCAAGAGUUUUGAGGUACAGGGAGAAGAGGAAGAACAGGAAAUUUGAGAAGACCAUACGUUACGCUUCGAGAAAGGCCUAUGCUGAGACGAGGCCAAGGAUUAAAGGGCGGUUUGCAAAGAGGGCUGAAGCAAUCGAGUCUGAGAUUGAUCAGAUGUUUACUUGUCCUGGCUCUGCUGCCUUCUUUCCUGAGUCAAGAUACGGUGUCGUGCCAUCCUUCUGAUGGAAGAGAUUGAAUGUGUUGUAAAAAUGUAUUAGUAUUUGGCAAGGAAUGUUAAUGAUCAAAGUUUCUUUUCCUGUCAAUAAUUGAUCAUCACUAGUAAUUUCUCUGUUUCAC